AUGCCGGCCUUUUCACCGGCUUCACUGAUGAACACGGCCACCAUCAUCAGUCGAAAUGCCACAGCCAUAGCCACCAAUGCUUCCGUUCCUAAUGCUGCCAACACCACAGCUCUGCAAGUUAUAUGCGCAUGGCCCGUCUCAGGACAAUACUAUAUCCUCAUUGCAGCUUGUGUAUUUGCUAGGAAUUUCGAAUGGCUGAGGAACGCUUGCACGGCAGCUGCCCUGAUUCUGCCCGCCGUGGCUGCCAUCCAUGGCAUCGUUCUUGCCGCCGUCCCCAUGCAUGGCGCUGUUGAUAUGGAUGUCUACGGGGCUUUCCAGCUCUGCUCCAUCGGUAUCUUGACUGCCCCAGUCACAGUCAAGUUAUCACGGGCAUACUUCUACGAUCCUGGGCGGAACGCCAUCUUCGCCUGGACCGGCCUUGUUCUUGCUGGACUACUGAGUUUGACGGUCGAAUUCUUCAGAAUCAAAUCCACUGACUGCACGCAUGCCGACGAUGGUACCCCCAUGUCCUCCCAUGCAAGCGAUUUCCCGUAUGGAAAUUCGUGCGGCCUCAUUUGUGACGUAGAUCGUGGCCCAUUCUCUCCAAUGCGAGGUGGGUCAGCUAACAACAUAUAUGUAAUACCCGCUCCAGAAAGGCUCACAUUCGGUACCGCUACGCUCUUCUCGGCUGCUUGUUGUGUUCCGGCUAUCCUCUCACUAGUAUCUAUGUGGAACAAGAUUCUCGAAGUCAACUGGAAGGCACGCUUUGGUGAAUCAGAAGAAGAGGAGCAGAGGAAUGAGACGAUAUCGGGCACGAAUGGUGCCACCAUUGAGAAAAUGAAAGGCGUCAAUGCCAUCAUCCGAUCAUUCUUGAGUGCCGUCGAGGUCCCUGUAUUUGGCGCUGCCAUACUCGCUAUUCUAAUUAUUGGCGAGAGGAACUUUUUCAGUGCACAAGUCGUGUAUCAGACUGAGCCCUGGGCCAACGUUGGUCAAUGGGCGCCCAUUGUUGGUGCUGGACUUGCUGUACUAGGAUCACUGUACCUUCUCCUAGCAGCAGACCUGGAUGCCGAGAAGGAAGAAACGAAUUCAGAUCCUUCCGUUCAAAACCACCACCACCAUAGUUGCAAUUGUUCCCUCGAGCAAGUCAACCGAGGCAGAACCUCAUACGCAGGAUCCACCCACUCUGUUGCAACCCCAAGUCCAGUGGAAAUGCGCCGUAGUGAUGCUUCCAACCACGACAGACCAACCUCCCUCGAGCUCACAUCCACAAUCACCCGGCAUCCCACAACCGCCACAAAAGCCAGCCGCCAACUUACUCGUUCUGGAACAAGUGAUGUUGGCAACAGACGCAAAGUUGCUAAAGCGUUAAACGCCAUCGGCAACCAGCUCGGCACGGCAGCACACUUUGACAACACCGAGUUCAAGCACGGCAAAGCUCUCGAUUUCCCCGAGAUUCCUGGAGAGGACUUUCGAAAUCGUGCGUUACCUCAAAUCAGGAUGCAAUACAACCAGGUCCACGAAGACGAGCCUCCUGCUACUCCCCUCCGCAGACAACAUUCACGGGCAAGUAGUUUCCAUGGAAGUAUUGCGUCGGGUCUUGGUAUUGAAGGCAUACCGACGUCGCCAAGAGCAACAUCACCUCAAUCGCCACGCUCCCCUUCGACUUCUACCUCAGCUCGUGCUAACACGCUGCCGGUUGAGCGACCUACAGUCCAGCUGGAAAAUGUGCCUACUUCAUCAUCUAGUGGAACAGCCAGAGUGAGACCAGCACGGCGGCGGGACACUCUCGAGGUGCCUUCGCCUGUCCAUCAUAGUCAUACGCGCAACACAUCUGCAUCUUCUGUACCAAUAAUUACCAAAGCUGAGGACGAGAUUUCACCCGUUAUUAUGAUCUCCCCUGAGCCGGAGAUGAUUGCUUCUCCUGCGGCUUCGCCAGUCUUCAACCCACACGCUCACCACCCACCGUCACCCCCGCCGACAAACAAUGGUUGA